AUGCCACAGCAGAGAUGCGAGACUACAUCAGCCGAGCGACAUCGUCUUCAUGGCCUAUUAGGUAUCCACGAUGUUCAAGAGGAAGAUCGAAUAGUAGCCCGUGACGCAAGAGUUGAAGGCUCAUGCAAUUGGCUGAUCACGACUCCAAACUUUACCAGCUGGCAAGAUCCUACUUCCGACUCGCCUUCAGUCUAUUGGCUGAGUGGGAAUCCCGCAUCGGGAAAGACCGUUCUCGCUGGACAUGUUAUUGACCAUCUGGAUCAAAGUAAUCUUGCAUAUAGUUACUUUUUUUUCAAGGAUGGAGUGGCUGCUGAUUCAUCGAUUGGCUAUUGUUUGCGUACUCUUGCGUAUCAGAUGGCGUUACAUAGUCCUGAAAUUCGCAAAUUUCUCUUAGACAUGGAAUCAAAUGGCAUUACGAACAACAACAACGACGAGGUUGUGAUUUGGAACAAAUUAUUUGUUAACGGGAUUCUUCAAAUUGCGAUGAAGGUGCACCAAUAUUGGGUUAUCGAUGCGCGCGAUGAGUGUACUCGUUCCCAAGCUCUUUUUCCUAUGUUAAUUAAGCUCAUCAAUUCUCCCAGAUCUCUGGUUCGGAUCUUCAUUACAAGCCGCCACAGCCAGAUUUUAGAUAAGGGAUUUCUCGGCUUUGGUAAAAGUUUAAUCAGCCAAGAAAUUUUUGCCUCAGAUACGAUGGGAGAUAUCAAACUAUUCUUGGAAGCUCAUAUGGAUAGCCUUCCUUUGGACACGCUCUCAAAACAGGAGGAGUUGACCGAGCGGAUUUUAGCUAUGUCUUCCGGGUCUUUUCUUUGGGUGCGACUUGUCAUGCAAGAACUCUCUGAAAUCUACACCGAAGAAGAUAUUGAAACAGUUCUCUCAGAUAUACCAGCGGAUAUGAAUCAAUUCUAUACAAAAAUUCUGGAAAAUUUGUCAAAAGACCGGAGAGGGGCCAAAUUGGCCAAGAUUAUCUUCAUGUGGAUUGUUUGCUCCUAUCGACCAUUAACUGUUACCGAGAUGCAAUGUGCUCUGAAGCUAGAUUCCAAAAGCACAGUUAACAAUUUACGAAGAGACAUAAACUCUAUCUGCGGACAACUUGUGUUCGUCGAUCAACAGUCACGUAUACACCUAAUCCAUCAAAGUGCCAAAGAUUUUCUCCUACAAAAAGACCUAUGUUCCGAUUUUUUUGUGGACAGAAGGGAAGGACACUAUCGACUUGCUUCUCUGUUCCUUGACGUGUUAAGUAAAGGCUAUAUACGGGCCUUUCGGUUGAAACGAUUUGAAGUAUCGACACCCUCAGCAAAUCACGAAGCCAUAUUACUUGACUACGCUUGCACUUUCUUCUCUGAGCACCUGUAUCAAGCUCCGUCUUCGCGUGCCGAGCUUUUUCAGAAGCUCCACAAAUUCCUUGACACGAACGUUUUAUGGUGGAUUGAGACCGUUGCAAGACUAGGCAAUGUAAACUAUAUAAGCCGUGCCGCCAAAAACAUGAAAGCUUAUCUCGAUCGCCGUCAGAAGUAUUUCCCUCCUAUCGGCGAGGACCUCCGCGAGGUAGAAUUUUGGAUCACAGAUCUUAUUCGCAUCAGCACAAAAUUUCGAAACAUCCUCCUAGCAUCGCCUUCAUCAAUCCAUGGCCAGAUUCCAUCGAUGUGCCCUUCGCAAUCAAUCAUCGCUACAAAACACAAGCAAUUGAAGCAUGGCUUGAAUGUCAUAGGGUUAUCAAGAGGUACAUGGGAUGACUGCUUGACUCAAAUCGAUUACAAGGGACAGGGCCUACAAGCUAUCACACUCACACGCGGAGAAUAUAUGUUUGCUGUUGGGCUAUCAGGCGGUCGAAUAAUAGUGUACGACACUGCAACAAGUCAAGUUAAAUUUACCUUCGAUCAUGGAGAGAAAGUGAAGUUCCUCACCUUUGGGACUAAAGAUCAAUUGCUUGCAUCCGCCGGAAUACGCUCAAUACGAAUUUGGGAUCUCGAAACAGGCGGGGUGAAGUGUUCAUUCCAGCUUGGUUGUCGAACAAUGGCCCUUAUGUUCACCCCUGAAAACUAUGGAUUAAUAGUGGCAACAUCUGAGAAUUUCAUUUGUUGGUUUGAUGUAUUGAAAGAGAAAGAGAAAGACCGCGUAUUCUGGCAUGAAAUUCAUCUUAAGGGGCGGGAGACAAUCUACCAGCCACCAGCAGAGGUUCUCAUCGCACCAGGUCUAGAGAUGAUAGCAAUUAGCUCCAGAGCAAGCCCUAUACUUCUGUUUGAUCUGUAUAACGAAGUUUUGUGUGGUGAACUUGUCCGAGAUCGAGGGCUUAUGGAAAGUGUAGGCGGUACUUACUAUCACGCAUCAGCCAUGGCUUUCAAUCCGAAUCCCGAUAUCAACUUAUUAGUCGUCUCUUAUGGGGACGGAGAGCUUGUAAUCUUUGACCCAACAACAACUGAGCUCAAGCAUCGUAUACCAGAAGUAAAUGCGCAAACUUUGGCCUGCUCACCUGAUGGAAGAACAUUGGCAUCAGGUAGUUCUUUCAGUACGAUUCAGCUCUAUGAAUUUGACGGCACGGAAGAUGCAAAUUUAUCUCUGAUAUACCGAAUCAAUGCAUACGAUGAAGAAAUCCGAUCGCUAGUUUUCAGUGGUGACGGUUUACGUUUCAUUGACAUUCGUGGUUCCCAUUGCAGAUCAUUGGGUGACGGUAACAACAGCGAUAUAAGUGCGCCAGCAAAAGCGAUAGUUCAGACUGUGGGAAUGAUCGAAGGAAGCCUGAAGCCUGAUAUAACAGCAAUUGCAGUAGAUUCGAAUGGGGAAUGGGUUUUCUGCGGUAGGCAGGAUGGCUCUGUUGCUGUCUACAAUACGCAAGAUGGCCUCGAGAACACAUGUCUCUACCAACAUGCUACGAAUAUUUCAGUUACUAAAAUUGUGUGGGGAGAUAAUACUGGCGUUCUAGCCACAACAGACGAGUCUGGUCGUAUGCUUAUACAAAAACUCGUGAACUCUAGCGAUGUGUGGUCACAGUCUAAAACAAUUUUCGACUACCGCUUCCCUGAUGCUAUCACAGGGCUAUCGUUCAAUCCUGGGAACAAUAUCCUUCUCAUUACUACUGCCAGCUUCAUGUACAUUUGGACAAGCGAAAGUGGAGAUAUUCAACAUCAUGUGCCCACUGGCCACAAUCUUGAGAAUUACAAGAUAAAUACUCACACCCAAAUACCAGAUGCAUUCAUUGCGUUUUAUCCCAAUUGUGCCCGAAUAUUCGAAUGGGGAAGUUUGGAAGAGAUAUCAGGCCCUGGUGGCAUUAAUCUUGACGUCCCUGACGUGGCGUCAUCCCCAGUGACAAUAACCGAGUCGGUCGAAAGCCAAUACACCCUGGUUACACUGACAAAAAGUCGAUUUGAACAAACACCUUCUUAA